AUGAAUCAGAAACUUGGAGGAUGGGGGCUUCCCACAGCCACUGCAUCGUUGGCCUGGUCAUGCGCCGUCAUCUUUGUUUCGCUUCUCUCCGGUGCCUCCGUCGUCCACAGCAUCUUCAAGCCAGACCUGGUGAGGGGUAACUGUCCCUAUUACAGAAUCCUGCUUCAUGGGUUUUCAAUGCCUAUGACUCUUUUGAUAAGAUGUAUGUGA